AUGUCCUCAGUGAUGAGUUCAGAAGCUGCUAUCAAUGCCUUCGUGAACACUAUACAUCCAAAUUUCGACUGUCUUAUCAUAGCAACUGCUUUCUCUGCUUGUUUGCUCACCCUCUUUGUAGUCCUUUUUGCACUAUCCACCAAGGAGUCUCAGUGCCACCUGGCAUUCCGACUGAAUGUCCUUGCCAUUUGUCUCGCCCUAACAACAAGCAUAUUGUCUUUCUUAACUGAUGGGAAGUCCAUAGUCGACCCAUUCAAUCUGGUGUCGACAAGUGUGUACCUUGCUGCAAUUGUUGUCACUGUCUUCCCACCAUUGUUAUAUGACUCGAUACUGUUAACUCAACUCUUUGCACUCUAUCCCCUCUCCAGCACACCUCCAUUCACCCUAUUGAAUAUAUUUUCAUUCCCCUUCUGCAUCAAAUGUGCUCGGGUGGUCACUAUUACACUUGGUAUUCAUCACUAUGUCAUGCCUGGGAUGACCACCGAGGUUCUCAUCGAGGAUGCAUCCUCUUACUGGUUUCAUAGCCCUUAUCUGAUCAAUGAGUGGACAUUGCAAAUUGCUGACAACCUAAGGUACUCUGUUAGCUUUUUUCUUUACAACCUCCACAUCCGCACAUCGCCAAUAAAAAGAGCACACAGCAUUGCAGAGCUCAUCCACCAAAUCUUCUAUAUCUCUGAUGCCAAUUUUGUCUUCCCUCUUAUGUUCAACAUUGCACAAAUCAUCCUCGUAAUGACUGAUCGGUCCCCCACUGCUGGUGCAGUGGUGCUCUUGAUAAAUAACUAUGUGACUGUCAUGGGGGUGUUGUGUGCAACAUUGUGGUUCUCAGGGUCGGAGAGGGCUCGGACUCGCAACGAACCAUUACCUGAGCACAUGCUCAACUCACCUAGAACAAACUUUGGGAGCCAUCAUGUGGCUGGCGGGAAGAGCGGCAGCUCAAUUAUAUUAAUAGGAGGGGAUUCCGUUACACAUGACACUACGGGCUUGGACACUGUGACGGAUCCUAAGCAUCUCACCACUCCGGAGAAAGAGAACAAGUAUAUCUUGGUGUGA